AUGAUGUCGCUUCGCUUCUCACGGAAUGCCAAAGUGGCUCCAGGUGGUUACAGCCCUGCGGAACGUGGUGUAGUCAGACGUCUGGAUACAUUCUUGUUGAUGUUUAGCUGCAUUUCACAGGGUAUCUUUACCAGGUUUCUAGAUCAAAUGAAUAUCAAGAACGCAUAUGUAUCCGGUAUGAAAGAGGAUCUUCAUCUCUACGGCAAUGAGCUCAACUACUUCACCACUUACGUCAAUGUAGGGUAUUGCAUCAUGCUGGUCCCUUCUCAGAUCAUUCUUAGAUACGUCCGCCCAAGUUUUUGGCUCUCCGGGCUAGAAAUUACAUGGGGCGUCCUCACUGGACUUUUGGCCGUAACCAAGGAUGCAAAGCAGGUCUAUGCCAUUCGCACGUUCCUUGGUCUCUGUGAGAGCAGUGCCUGGCCUGGCAUGAUGACAAUUCUUAGUGAGUACGCCUGGAUGCUGCUGUUCAAUGCUGGUCCCGAGUUGACGUGGAUUCGAUAG